CAGCAUCCACAGGGAGGAGCAGGACAAGGAGAAGGAGGAGGAGGAAGAGGGGGAGGAGAAUAAAUGAAAAAAUUUUGCAACCACAUGUUGCUGUGCUUGAUUGAACUGCUGCAGCAGCUCCUGCCUGCCUUCCCUUUUCUUUGCAUUGAACGUCUAACUAACGAUGUGGCCGCUGCAUCUGUAGCUUCUGCCACCUGUGGCAGCACUCCUAUUCCCUCUACGCCACAGAGAGAGAACAAAAAAAAGGGGAGCUGAGAGAGGUCGGAGAGGGGGAGGAUAUCUUUCAUCAUAAGUGGACUUCUGACAGAGAGAGAUCCUCGCUGCAUACCCAGCUGACACAAAUGAAAGAAUCCUAAAACCAGCACCAUGCCUGGACUCAUUAACAAGGAGAACCGGAGCGCUCUGCCCCUCAGUGUGUCAGACAUCACUUCCUGUGUCAGGGGUUAUACUCUGGCAAUGACAGCCUCUAUGACCUAUGAAAAUAUUGAGGAUCAUGCAAUUGAGGGGAUCUUCAUUUAUCCACUGGAAGAAAACUCUAUUGUUGUGGGGUUCGAGUCAAUGAUAUCCAGUCAGAUUAUAACACUGCAAAUCAAAGACAAGGCCAAAAUUGACGACUGUUAUCUGGAUUGCUGCAACACAUCUAAUGGAGCCCUCCAGAGUAGCAGCGGACACAUAGUGAUGGAUGAGGAUAUGGAGAGGACAGUGUUAGUGGUUAACCUUGGGAUCAUCCCUCCCAUGGAGACCGUCCACAUUCUGGUUAGUACCUCGUCUGAGCUCUUCACCCUGCCCAGCGGAGGCAUCAGGGUCUCAUCCCCACCGGUGUGUACGCCUCGGGUACAGAGGACCAUCAACGAGGAGCAGGGAUUAUCCCCAAACUUCUCCAGAAUGCGAGACAGGCAUGUUUGUGCCUCAAGUCCUCACGAUCAAACUCCCAACUCUGCUCAGCUGUGGUUGGCUUCACUGCUUGAGGAGGAGGCCAUAAACUCAAUGGACUACGAGUUUAACUUCCAGCUGGAGAUACGGGCUCCCUAUCUACUCGCAGGUGUAGAGAGCCCGUCUCAUGCUAUCCGAGCCGAUGCAGACCCUCUGGCCCGCUCUGCCACCAGUGUCGUCAUCACUCUGGCUGACAAGUACACCUACGACUGUCCUGUCCAAAUCCUCAUCUACCCCAGUGAGCCUCAUCUACCGCAUGUGCUCAUCGAGAACGGAGACAUGACGCAGGAGGAGUACGAUGAAUAUCUUCACGGCAGGAGCGAUUUCAUCAAGGCCACCAAGAAGGACCCAAGCAAUGGGAAGAAAGUAGAUAUCAUUCACAGGCGACUCCAUAAAGACAUCCUCCACAACCCUGUGGUCAUGUUGAACUUCUGCCCCGAUCUCAAGUCUAUCAGCUCAGACCUGAGGAAGGUUCACGGAGAGUUUAUCUUCCUCAUUGACCGCAGCGGCAGCAUGAGUGGGGUUAACAUCAACCGUGUGAAGGAUGCCAUAGUGGUGAUUCUCAAGAGCCUUGUCCCAGGCUGCCUUUUUAACAUCAUAGGCUUCGGCUCUACGUUCAAAUCACUCUUCACAACCAGCCAGAACUAUGAGGAGGAAGCCCUGGCCCUGGCUUGUGAGUAUGUUAGAAAGAUGAGAGCCGACAUGGGGGGGACCAACAUCCUGGAACCGCUCAAUUGGAUCCUAAGGCAGCCGAUGUUCAGCGGACACCCCCGUCUUCUAUUCCUGCUCACCGACGGGGCUGUCAGCAACACAGGCAAAGUUAUCGAGCUGGUCCGCAGCCAUGCACGCUACAUCAGAUGUUAUACGUUCGGCAUAGGACAGAAUGCUUGCAGGAGGCUGGUGCAGGGACUGGCGACAGUUUCCAAAGGAACAGCAGAGUUCCUGGCCGACGGCGAGAGGCUGCAGCCCAAGAUGAUCAAAUCCUUGAAGAAAACCAUGUCUCCAGUUCUCAGUGACAUUUCAAUCGAAUGGCUCUUUCCUGAGACCAAAGAAGUGCUGCUGUCCCCUGUUGGCAACACCUUCCUGUUUCCAGGGGACAGUCUGAUUGGCUACAGUGUGGUUUGUGACACCACCCGCUAUCACUCCAACCCCAAAUCUGAUAAGAGGAGGCGAUACAGCAUGAUGCGCUCUAUUGAGUCAGCCAGCUCUGUGUUUUACCACUCUCAAGAAGAGGACCCGGUGAAGACAAGCGCCGACAGCCAUGGAUCCUACAGGGAAGCACUCUCUGGUCCUCUGUAUGACUCCUACCAGGACUCCAUGACAGACAGCAGCCCUGCCACCACAGAGCAAGAUGCCAUGGGGUUGGAUUGUAAGACAUCACCAAGAAGGCGUGCAUACAGUACCAACCAGAUAAUAGACUACAACCCUGCAAAGAGGGUCUACACUCCCAGUGAUCCCAGCUCUGUGGUGGCAAAGAAUCCACUGAGGAGAGCCAAAGUCCAGGAGCUGAUAGGCCAGAUGAGCCCCGAGCAUGAGGCACAAUGGAGGAACGACUACCAGCCACAGCUGGCAAGCCUGUGUGCCACAUCUUCCAGCGGGCGCCCUGCCAGCUGUCACAGGCCACUCCCUCAGAAGGAGCUGCUUCUGCAGCAGGAAGUCGACUCAGAGCUUUUCCAUCCCCAGCCUCAGGACAACCCUCAGCUCAGCGGCAUCAGCGUGCCGCCUGUAGCUCGCAACACCACUGGGGAAGAGGGGUCCAGAUCGUCCACAGACAGCCCAUCUGUUGGCAGCGUUGGAGAUAUUGAUGGUUACGGACACCAGUUAUGUCAAGCAGAAACCCCACAGGAGACCCAAACAUCAGAUCUUAGUACAGCCAACCAGCAAAAAGGUGACUGCAAGGCCGUGGUGUCCGGACUGCUGUGUGGGAAACCAGCAAAGUGGGAGGUCGUCUUCGAUAUCGAGCCCUUCCUGAACGGCCGGGAACGAGAGGAAAAGGUUCACGAGGAGCUGUGGAAUGAGACCUUCCACCAUAUGGCUGGACGCUCCAUCAUACACGACUUUGAGCACAUGGCGCUUAAGGAGUGUGAGAUUGAAAGCGGCUCUGGGAGGAAGUACCAGCUAUACGCUAUUCACACCAGCAAGGCCUGCAAUAUACUGAGCAAAUACACAGCAUUCGUCCCCAUAGACCUGGACACUAAUGAAUAUUUGCCAACAUGUAUUGAAUAUAUAAACCCCACUGAAGGUCUGAAGAGGGGCUCACAUUCCAGGUCUCGUUCAGGGAGCAGGAAGAACAGAGGGUACUCCAUCGGACUGGGUCGCUCUCAGUCUGGCGGCAUGUCUGAGGAAGCUGAAGACAUCCCGCCCAACAAUGGAGAGGAUGGCGUCUCUCCAUGCAGCACCCCCUCCUCCUCUGGCUGGGAGAGAUGUAACUUUACGGAGGUCUCCCAAAGGAGCCCGUCUGUGACCUCUGACCAAUCACAGAAGUCGGUGGAGAGCCUUUUUUCUGCCAGGCUGGCCCUCAGUAGGACUCGUCUCCUGACUCGAGCUGCUAAAGGAUUCAUGUGUCGAUCUCACAGCAAGUCCGGUGAUUCAAUUGGAGAGAGUGACAACGAGAACAAAGACUACAUUCCUCUGGUGUUGUUGCAGUUGGCUAGUGGUGCAUUUCCCCUGGACGCGGCUCUGUGUGAUGCCAUUAACGUGCCCAUGGACAAGCUGAAGUGGACGUCCCCCUUCAACAGCCACCGCACCAGCCUGGGCCACCUGUCUCACUCCAGCAGCCGCCGUGCUGAGAGUGGCGAUGACGGACACAGAUCACUGUGCGAGCCAGAAACAUAUCAGCAACCUGCAGACAGCCAUUCUCAUCUGUCCAGGAGCACUUGGAUGGUGGAUGCUGGUCCUUCUUCAUUAGGAAGUCCAACCACCACUGCUGAGCCCCAGCUCUCCCCGUACUCCCAGGUGGACAGUGGACGGGGCUCUGGGUCAGGGGGCUUAGAAACAGCAUCGCUCGGCGGGGCGCUAAAGAGGAUGCUGGACCCAGAGAGCAUGGUGUGGGCCACGGCUGUGGCCCUCGCCUGGCUGGAGCACAGCUCUGCCAGUUAUUUCAUAGAGUGGGAAAUGGUAGCCGCCAAGGCCAGCAUGUGGUUGAGUGCGCAGGACAUCCCAGAAGGUCGCGACUUAGCCUCCAUUAAGGCUGCUGCCAACCAGCUCUUCAUCAUCCUCAGACACUGGGAUGAAAACCUGCAACUAAACAUGCUCUGUUACAACCCUAACAGUGUCUGAGGCCUGCUAGACCAGGACUGAAAACAGAGACCGCUAAAAGUAUUCAAUUCCAUAUGAUACUAUGCUAACUGAGGCUGUACUAUUCUCUGUUCAGCAGUAUGUCCUCUGGAGUCUGAUAUGGCCGUUUCAAUUGUGAACAAUGUGUAUUUCUCUUGUUUGUGUGCUGUUCCUCCAAACAUAUCACAGGCUCUUCAGAGGCACUAUGUGCAAGCUAUUACCUCGCUGGUGCCAUAUACUGUAGCUAGACCCCUGUAAGCAAGGGAUCUAAUCUGAGUUAUGUCACAAAUUUGAGUUUCAUGGAGAAGAACGUCAUUGUUAAAUUAGUAGCAUGCUGGAUCACUGACCAUCAACAUCUGAGAAAUGAUUUUAUUGUCAUCAUAUUGAUGUUAUGGGGACACUGCUGCAAAACACUUGUAAGAGAAAACUAUUCCACUGGUUGACACAUACUGUUUUUAUGUCUUUACAGCGUUUCCUAAAUUGAUUGUGUUGUGGAAAAAUGUUACAUGACAACAUCUGGGUACUUGCUAGCAGUACUGCCUGUCUUUUCUAAUGCCUGUUAUCAUUACAGUGUUAGUAAUAUUUGCCAUUAUUGCUGUUUGAUUAUAGCAGAGACAGAAAAAUAUGCAAAAGAAAAUACAAAAUACAUGUUAAGAUUUGGUUAAAAAAAAUAUGUGGCUUUGGUGGGAAUCUAUGAAUGUGUAUCCCACUAGCAUGUUAUUUACUGUUUAUUAUUUAUUGAUACAUGCAGUUUAUAUUUUUUCACUUAUCUGAGUAUCAGCUACCUGUUCUAGAGUAGAGGUUUUGCUCAUGCAUUCGUUUUUGAUUCAGAGAGAGUAACAGACCUGGAGUCGGUUGCACCAUCUGUUUGAAAAAAUCUAAAUGAGCCUAGUUGUAAGUAAGGUGUAAUGGGUUGCACCAUACAUAGAGAUUACUACAGUUGUUACUAAUACUUACACCCUGUAACUCUUAAGACUAAGUUUAGGGUUAUAGGUAGUAAUAAUAUCAGUAAUCUAGUCAGAUGUUUAUCCCUCUAAAUACAUUUCUAAAUUGUAUUAAUACACAAAUAUUUCUUCGUGUAUGCAUAUAUAAAGUCAUAUCUACAUUUACAUACUAAAGGAUUGGCAGUUUAAUAUGACCAUAUAAAGCUGUUACUUUUGAGGAUGGCUCCACCACUUUGGUCCUGACUGAAAUAUCAGUUUAAUUUUGUGCCUAUUUGAUAGAUCGGCACAAAAUUUUGAACAGACAGACUCUGCUCACUUGAAUGGGGAUAAGAUGACUUAAUUAUGCAACAUUUCUAGACUUUCCAAAUGUUGCUGGACUAAAUGCAUCAAAUUCUGAUUUGAUUUUGAGGGGUUUGGGGGGCAUUGAAAGAAAUAUAUCCACCAAUUUACAGCCAUGUUACUAUUAAUUAAUGAGAACUUAAACAGGACCAUACACAAACAUAGAAAUUGAUUUACUCACAGUUGGUGCAACCCAAUCCUGAGGAACAUGGGCAGCAAUUUAAAGUCCUUCUCUGGGAAUCAAAGAGAAAAGAACCCUGCUAGUUCUUUCAUGCUCUCAGCUCAUUUACCGCAAGUGCCUAACCAAGAUUUAAAGUCAGCAGAAAAUGUAGAUCUGUUUGCUGCAGUUUAUUCAGUGUGGGUGAUGACUGUUUCUUUUUCUUGAAUCUGUGUGUGGCCUAUAAAGGCAUAUUUCAGUAAUGAUUUCCCACUUUCUUAUUCCAUUUCAGUGUUGCUUUACUCAGGUAUUUAUUAAUUUUUUUCACUCAGGCUGAGUUGCAUAAAUCAUUCUGCAUGAACACAGGUGUUUAUGGUAUGAUGUUUAAUGACUGAAUUGCCACAUUGGAGCCAGUAGCGCAGUAUUUCACUCUCUGAAAUGAGAAAUACAAUAGAUGUCAUGUAGUAAUAUUUUUGUGCUGUAAUUGCAGUAGUAAGUGCAGCUGUAAUUGUUGUAUUUUUACGUACUGGGUCAGUUGUAUAGUGCAGUAACUUUUAACUUGCUGUGUGUGCCUUUAUAAAUGAUUGUUGACUGUUUGAGGCUGUUGAAAGCUUCUGUAGUAUCUUUAUAACUGUCGAUGCUAUGAUCUUCUCUGCAGGUGCAUGUAAUAAAAUAACUCUACAACCCAA